UAUCUUGGGCUUCUCUCUGUGUUUGUUUUUUUUUUUCUUUGUCUCCUCUCUCUCUAUUUUAUCUUUCUUCUUCCUUUCUUUCUCUCAGUUUCUGACUUCUUAUUAUUGAGUUCAAAAUCUUUAAAGAAAAUGCCUGCAACGGAGUACCAGUCAUCGUUUCUUAGGCGAAUCAGCAUCCGCCGGAACCAGGUGAUCUCCAUGGACGGCAACCAUGAGCAGGAACUCGAGGACCUUGAGCUUUUUCAGAAGCACGUGGCUGAUUGGUUCGCUGGUUUAUUGUCUCCGUCGGAGGAGCUCAUCUCCAGUGAACCUCUGAUGUCUAUUUCCUGGUUGAGGAAACUUGUGGAUGUGUUCUUGUGCUGCGAGGCUGAGUUCAACACUGUUCUUAUCAUGGGUCGCGACCCUUCACAAAUCUGCAAGCCACCGUUGGAUCGAUUGAUUCCUGAGCUCAUGGAACGAGCUGUUAAAGCUCUCGAUAUCUGUAAUGCAGUGUCCAGUGGGAUUGAUUCCGUGCGUCAGUGUAAAAGAUUCGCUGAAAUUGCGGUCUCUGCUUUGAAGCAGAAGCCGAUAGGUGAUGGUCAAGUGAAGCGAGCGAGAAAAGCUUUGAGUUCCAUGCUAACUGCGAUGACAAUUGAUGAUAAAGAGAAUAAUUGUAAGGGUGCCGAGAGAACGUGGUCUUUUGGGAGAAGAGGGAAUACUGCAGGGGCUAAUAAGGAACGAGCCGUGGGCAACUUCCGGUCUUUGUCAAUGAUCGUGGCUAAAAAUUGGUCUGCGUCGAAGCAGAUUCUAGCCAUGUAUUCCAAUCUUGUAGCACCUCGAGGUGGAGAACCCACGGGAUUGGCUUCACCUGUUUAUAUAUUGAGCUCUGUUAUGGUGUUUGUGAUGUGGGCUCUGGUGGCUGCAGUGCCGUGUCAAGAGAGGAGUGGAUUGGCUACUCAUUUUCAGAUUCCCAGGCACUUGGCCUGGGCACAUAGCAUAAUUGCGCUGCAAGAGAGGAUUGCAGAGGAGUGGAAGAAGAAGGAGAAAAAAUGUUCAGCUGGGUUGCUGGAGGAAUUGCAGAAGAUGGAGAAGUUGGGGCAGAGCUUAAUUGAAUUUACUGAUGGGUUCCAAUUUCCGGGGGAGACGGAGAAGAUGGAUGAGGUGACGGCGCAGGUGGCAGAACUGGCGGAGAUUUGUUGGAGAAUUGAAGAAGGAUUGGUGCCUUUGCAGAUGCAAAUUAGAGAGGUUUUUCAUAGGAUUGUUAGGAGCAGAACAGAUAUUCUUGAACUGGUGGACAAUGCUGGCAAAGUUUCUCAACCUAUAGUAUAGCUUUGGCACACAACAUUUACUAAAUAGCAAUCUUGAAGCUUGAAACAAGGGAUAUUUUAGGUAAUUAUGAUCCCUGGUUCAAAUUUGUUCAUGGUUGUAUGAACUAUGUAAAUGUUGAACCUAAAAUGUGGAUUUUCAUAGGCAUAUUGCUCCAGCCACCAGGUUUUGUGGCGAAGUAUGCAUUUCUAGGUGUGAAUUGUACUUUCUUGUUUUACUCGACCUAAUUUCUUCUCUUGUGGAGUAGAGAAGUGUAAAUAUUUAAUUUAAGGUUCUUUUUGUCCUUGAGAUUGUUCAACA